UCUCAUGUAUCGAUUAGCAAAAUGUUUUGAUUACCAUUCGGCUUACACAUGAAACUGUUUGGUUUGUCAACGGCUACUAACGUUUAUAUUGGUUUUUAGCAGGAGGAAACUGCCAAGGUCGACAUUGUUUAGGAUAUAAAUGAGAAGGGGAGAUUUCCGUUACGUUUAAAACAAGAUGUGAACUUAUUUGACAAGAUAACAGGUACCCGUUUUGACGUUUCUCAACACACGGUACGGCAUUCAGCUGUCUGUACAGACCGUAACCGUGGAGUUUAUUCACUACUCAAUUUUUUGACAGUUCGCUUCAUUGUUAAAAUUUGAAAUAUAUAAGCUAUAGCACGUGUAAGUAAAUUGUUCAACUCUGAAUGAAUGGACUCGGAAAUGAGCCUCGUGGAUAUCACAUUAAAUUCCCAACACAGGAACUGUUGUUCCGAAUUGUCAAGUGGAUGUUUGAUGGUUCAAGUGUGUUUUAGAGGUUCAUAAAAUGUAUAAUUAAUUUACAUGUGAAAUAGUACAGUAAUACUAUUAGAUAAUUACCAAAUUUUUGCCGGAUGAAAUGAACGUGAACUGUGUCAGUAGGGCAUUUUUCCAUUGCUAAAUCAAAACCAUUUUUUUUAGAUACUGCCACUAACAUUUUGAGUGAGAAUAUGGGAGGCUAAGUUGAUUGAACAUUUUUGUGUGAUAUUUUAGAUUAGUUUCAUUAAAAUAAACUAUUUAACAUGGUGAAGCCCUCAGUAUGAUGUCCUUCAUGUCAAGAAAAAAGAAGUUUAAAUUUCAUGUCAAUUUUAUGGUUGAAGAAAUUUCUUCUGUUCCUUUUGUCAGUGGAAUUUUGUUUGCCAAGAUUCGUCUUCACGAUGGAGGGAAUUUCUGUGAAUUUAGUAACCGGGAGGAGGUGCGGAAUAAUCGAGUGGAUUGGAAUUCAAAGUUUGAAUUUGCCUGUAAGAUGACAGCUAAUGUAAAUACAGGAGUAUUAGAACCAUGUGUAUGCCGUGUGUCGGUUAGAAGAGAACUAAAAGGUGGUCGGUCACAUCAUAAACUAGGAUUUGCCGAUAUAAAUUUAGCAGAGUUUGCUGGAUCCGGAGCUCAAUCACGGAGAUAUUUAUUAGAAGGCUAUGAUACCAAACACAGGCAAGAUAACUCCAAUAUAAAAAUAACAGUAGAAAUGUCACUGAUAUCUGGUGAUCCAGUAUUUAAAGUGCCUACCCAUCAGGUAUUACCCACAUGUAUCGAGGGAGAAUUAAACGAUGUACCUAUGGAAUUACGAUCCGUUGAAGACUGUAGCGAAGGUAGUAUGGCGUCUAAUAGUAGUGGCUUUGGCAGCCUCACGCGUAAAGAAAAAACACAUUCUACCCAUUCUAACUCUACGCCUAUGGAUUUAGCCGAUAAUGACAGUGGUAAAGAACUUGAAAAAACUCAUUCUAGAAGUUCAAGCUAUGUUAGUGAGCAAUCGCGAGGAUCCGGUUAUGGUUCUAUGACACACAGUCGACAGUCUAGUGUAGGAAAUGAAGCCAUUUUAACUCAUAUGAGAACACCUAGUACUGCUUCCGCAUUAGCCGAGUUUACUAAAUCUGAAAGACGACGGAAACAAGAUGACAGUGAAAAAGAAAGACGUGUUGGUAUGACUAGGGUAGAUGCUGAAGAUUUAGUAGAAGAAUUACUACAAAGUACAGAUUUAGGUCUAAUUCAUACAGAAGAGUCUUCAGGUUUACAGUUGUUAGUGUGUAAAGAUGGUACUACGGCUUUACGGUGACGUUACUUGAAGAUUUUAACUUUUAACGUGUAGCUGCCUUACACCAUUCUCCUGCUGUGAUUACUUUAUCUUUUUGUAUAUAUACUGCUUAAACCACCGACUGAACCCACCAUAUAGUGUUCUAGUCUACACCUGUCCAUAUACAUUAUAUAUUCAUCUGUGCGUCUUGAUGUUCAAAUAUACUAGACAAUGUGUACGAAAGGACAUCAGUUUUACUAUGUGAAAUACAAACGUCAUGUGGGAUGUAAAUUGUAGAAAAAGGACAAACUUUAUAGUCUUAAGUUUUUUAAAUGGAAUGCUUUUAUUGUUCUGUAUGUAAUGUAUGUUCAAAGAAGAGGUUUCCUCUUCUCAAGGUAGAGACUACCUAUUUCAAGAGAAAAUUUAACCAACUGUGUUCUGAAUCCAAACUUUUUAACAUCUAUGGAGCUGAGAUUGAGAAGAAGAUAAUUAACACGACAGUCCAAUAUGUGAUUUUUUUUCUGAAAAAUCUCAAAAACAAUUUCUAGGAUUCCAGUGGAUAGAAAUUGGAACCUCAAAUCAGUUAGGGUGUUACCACAAGAACUUUUAAUUUUUUAUUUUUCAGUACGAACAAAAUUUGAAGAUCGUUUACAUGUUUAGAGGGUUAAUAAUAAUAGGCUACUUGAAUUUUGUAACAGAACUAGGGUUCUCUAAAUUGUGUAUUUUUUACUUCCCCUUUUUGAAUCCGUACAGAAUUAUGCAAAAAGGACUUCCAAGAUUUUUUUAUUUUUAUAAACCUACAUAUGAAUGUGGUUGUAAAUUGUCAUCGUCCCUGUCUGUCCAUCGUCUACAAUUUCUUGUAAAUGCUCUACGUUUAAAAAAUUGAAUUUUAGAAACUUACGUUAAUUGCUUCUAGAGUUAUGGCUCUUACUUAUUUUUUAAAAUCUUAUGAAUGUUAUAACAGCAAACGUCACAAUUUACUAUAGAUUUGUGUUCUUUGCUUUGAUUAUUUCAAGGAAUAAGUCUAGAAAAUUACAACAAUUUCCACCAAUGCUCCAAUGAUAAUAUUGCUCCCUGUGGUGGUCGAGAAAGUUUCACGAGAUUAUCGGGCAUGAUUUCCCCCCAUGUCAGUUUUGCAGGAUAGAGGGCCUGACAAGGGUCAGUGUCUGUAGUCAUUCGGAUGAGAUGACAAACCGUGGUCCUGUGUACAUGUGGGCGUGCACGCAAAAGAAUCCUUGACAAUUGGAAUUCAAAAUAAGAGUGGGCUGUAGUGCCACUGUCCGAGCAGUAUUUCCCUCAUAGCAAACUGUAUGGUGUAUGCCCAUCUUCAUUAGCCCAGUAUAGGAGCAGAACAGUAGGACAUUAAACCCCAUUUCAUUUCAUUUCAAAUGACGUACAAUAUAAAGAUUUUUUUGUUUUAUUUAUCUAAAGAAAAUUACAGGUUCCAACAACGUUUCAAUAUAAAGAUUUAUAAUUUUAGGAACUAUUCAGUCGAGUUAGUUGCUGUGGGUGUAUCUUUUAUUGUCUGGAAAAUUAUUUUUGGACCAAAGUCUUAAUUGCAUGAAACUAAAAGCAUUUUUUGAAAAUAUUUGCUUAUUACCUAGUAUUUUGUAAGAUUAUUUCGAGGGGUGAUUAACAUAUUAAGUAAAAUAAAAAUCCUAGCAUUUAUUACUUUAUGUACAGUAUUAUGGCCUCAACAAAUUGUUAGGUUCCGAUUUGGAGGCUGGCCUAUUUAUCGAAUCCAUCUGAUUAAAAGAAAGAUCCUAUUUCAUUUCGUUAUUUUAUGGUUCAAAAUUUCAUUUUACUCAUCUUUACUACACUAGGAUCUGGAAGAGUUGUUAUUAUUGACGUGUUCUGGAUGAUGUGAGGGAUUAGCCAAUGAAAGGGUCUGUUACGGCAAGCUUUUUCGUAGAACGGAACUGUGGGUUAUCCACUAGAAACAUCAAAGCUGAUUGGUUAAACAAAUGUUUGCCAUCAUAGGGUCAAAAGUUGCUCGUAUGACCUCUGACGCGACCUCCCAAAACAACUGGUCAGAUCUUUAUGUAGUAGAGGCCAUGGAAAGUAUAAAAAAAAACGAAAUGAAAUAUAGAUCUGUAUUUUAAUCAGAUUGUUUAUCUUACCCAAUAGUGCAAUGACAAGAAACAAAAAUAUUAAUAUUUAUUGGGGCAAUCAAAGGUAUGCAUGUAUUAAUUUACACCUUGAUUUCCCCGUACUAAUACAUCACUCUUAAAUUUUACUUUGGAUAUAUAUUUUUCUUUUAAACAUCUGUUUUUGAAUUCUGGAUAUAUUUUCAGAACCAAACAAUUUGUAUUUUCUACCAUAAGAUAUAGGCCUAAAUGUUACGUAUAGUUAUGUAUUUUCUAACAUAAGAUAUAGGCCUAAAUGUUAUGUAUAGAUAUGUAUUUUCUAUCAUAAGAUAUAGGCCUAAAUGUUUUGUAUAGUUAUGUAUUUUCUAACAUAAGAUGCAAUUAUACACGGACUAAAAAAACUUUACUAAAACCAAUUUAAACCAUAAUUACAUAUUAUGUAGGUUAUUAAAAUUCUUCUUUUCUGAAGAUUUAAAGAUGCAUUAUGUAAGAGUUAAUUCUGUCUAUUGCAGGUCUUUAUUUUGGUUUCAAAUGUUAUAUAAUCUAUUAUUUAGACAUUUAUUCACAUGACAAGCCUCUAAUCAACUCUCUAGAACAUCGGAUGGUGGAGAUUUAAAUGGAUUAAAAUGCUGACAAGAUUUAAAAAUUUAACGAUAAAAAAAAGUGGAUAAUCAAGACUUAGUCUUGUUUGUCCAGUACCGUUACUAUGGUAAUAAACAAUCUAUCCUACAUCUUCCAACACUCUUAACUUUGCUCAGAAUAAAGUAAUUUUAAUGAGCUUUUCAAUAUAUUAAUUUUCUAUUUUUAAACUAUUAUAGCAAGAAUAGACAGCUCUUUAUCUAAAUCUUACGUGAUACAUCUUUAAACUUAAAGUUAAGUAAUGUUGUGGCUCAUACCAGUCUUGAUUCUAUAGUUAUCACUCUGUAAUCAAGAUCAUGGCAAGGGCGGAUCCAGAGACCAUGGAUAGGGCGGGGACACUGGCCUGGGGAUCGUAAUCGCGCUUACUUGCGCAACAGACGCGACCUGGUCCCAGACACGAGAACUACUGGUUUAAAUCAUAGCUCUCCUUGUACAUUACGACCAGUGCGACCCCUGCAUCAAGAUGGGGGGUGGGGGGCGUACGCCGAGUGCGCCCCCUUACUAGAUCUGCCCUUGCCUGGUACUACACAACGAUAAUGUUUUCAGUCACGAAUAGCCAUUAUUAUGUUUUAAAUAGUGUAAUGUACAUUUAUAUAUAUAUAGAUAUACUACCGUCCUAUGGAAAUGUUCAUGUUGGAGUUCUGCUCAACUCAGAAUUCUAGAUCGUGUAAAAAUUGAUAUUUUAUGCUUUAAUUGUUUAAGCAUUGUUGCUCGGAGCCAUAGACUUGGUCGUAACAGCUUUUUAUAUAUGCAUGUGGUAAUUUUAUUAGGAUUUAGGAAACUGUUGAAAUCUAAAUUUCAUUUGCAUGGUAGUUUUGUAGCCUGACAACCAGGUUUUUUUGUUUGAUCAAAUAUGUAGAACAACUUUAUUUUUCAAAGGAUAUUUCAUUAGAGAUCUGAAGAGCAUGUGGAAUAGUUUGAGAGUCAAAGAGAUCAAAACUUUCUUUCAAAACGGAAUAAUGUUGCCUACAUGGAUUAUCUACUUUUUUGACAAAUUUAUUUUACGUUCAUAUUGUGCAAACAUUGUCAAAAUUAUUGUUGCUUCCGCCAUAUUGACUUUUGAUAUUUUUUUAUGACUGAUUAUUCCAAUUCAUUUCAUGUAAGAAAUUUUCCAAAAAAAAAGGAGACAUUACAAUUUCAUGAUCGUGCUGAGCUGAAUUCCAUUAAGAUCAUGACUUGUUGCUCAAGUCUAAAGACGUGUACAUUAUAUAUUCUCUUUGUUUUGUAUUGUCUCAUCUCAAACAUUUUUUUUUUUUCAAGAUCAUAAAACUAACCCAGAGGUCAAAAAACAAUCUAAAGACAUCUUGAAAUUUAUUCCCAUUAUUCAACUUUGAAUAAUUAUGAGGAAAACUUCAAUAACAUAAAUUUCCAUAUUUCAGUUCAGACCAAAUUGCUUUGUUUAAUUUCUUUCAAAACUCGAUCACAAAUAAUCAUGCAGGAAAAUAUACGUGACAAUCAAGAAUAAAUAAGACGAUGGUGAAAUAACUUUUAUUUUGGAAAAAUAACAACAAUCAUGGAAUAUAUAUUUUUUUUAUUUUGGAUAAAUAAGACAAUUGUGGAAUAUAACUUUUUGUCCCCCGCCUUUCGAAGAAAGCAGGGGACUAUUAAAAUGGGUUCGUCCGUCUGUCUGUCCGUCUGUCUGUCCGUCCGUCUGUCUGUCCGUCACACUUUUUGGGACACAAUAACUCUCUUCCUAAUUGAGCUAGAAUGUUCAAACUUGGUGUAUGUGUUUAUUAGGUCAAUGCCUUGAUGGAGUUCGAAGAUGAGCAUUUUCCGCUUAGGGUAAGCAGAGAUAAGCAAUUUGAUUGGUUGAUGCUUUGGGACACGAUAACUCUCUUCCUAAUUGGGCUAGAAUGUUCAAACUUGGUGUAUGUGUUGAUUAGGUCAAUGCCUUGAUGGAGUUCGAAGAUGAGCAUUUUCCGCUUAGGGUAAGCAGAGAUAAGCAAUUUGAUUGGUUGAUGCUUUGGGACACGAUAACUUUUAAUUGAGCUAGAAUGUUCAAACUUGGUGUAUGUGUUUAUUAGGUCAAUGCCUUGAUGGAGUUCGAAGAUGAGCAUUUUCCGCUUAGGGUAAGCAGAGAUAAGCAAUUUGAUUGGUUGAUACUUUGGGGCACGAUAACUCUCUUCCUAAUUGAGCUAGAAUGUUCAAACUUGGUGUAUGUGUUGAUUAGGUCAAUGCCUUGAUGGAGUUCGAAGAUGAGCAUUUUCCGCUUAGGGUAAGCAGAGAUAAAUAAUUUGAUUGGUUGAUGCUUUGGGACACGAUAACUUUAGUUCUAAUUAAGUGAGAUUGAUGAAACUUGGUGUAUAGAUUUAUUAUAUGAAUACCUUAACUAAGUUCGAUAAUGAACAUUUUUUGCUGAGGGUAAGCAGAGUGAUAAGCAAUUUGAUUGGUAGAAACUUUGGAACACAAUAACUCUCCUUCUAAUUGAGGUAGAAUGUUCAAACUUGGCAUAGGUGUCUAUUAGGUGAAUGUUUAAACUUGAUGUAUAUGUAGAUGUUCAUUAGGUGAAUGUCUUGACUGAGUUCAAUAAUUAACAUUUCGAGCUGAAGCUAAGCAGAGCUAAUCGAUUUCAUUUGUCGAUGGUUUGGGACAUGAUAAUCUUGAUUCUAUCUGAUAGAGAGUGAUGAAACUUAGUGAAAAAAAUAAAUGUGCGAUUAAUUAAUAUGUGUCAUCUAUUUAUUUUGCAAUUUCGGCGGGGGACAUCAGCCUCACUGUUGGCUUGUUUAAUUUGGAUAAAUAACAAAAAUUAUGGAAUAUAACCUUUUUUUUAUUUGGGAUAAAUAACUGAGAAGAAUCUUGUAAAUGUUUUAUGACAUCAUAUAUAAUUAUCCAGGAGCCAUAUUCAAGAAAACUUGAACUAAAAUAUUUUAGGAAUCAGCUUUUUUAUUGGCCAAGAGCGAAAAGUUGUGCCAUGAUUUUAAUACUCAACUAAUGAAUCAUCAGUAUUCUUAACCAUACACCAACCUCGUGGGUUUUCUCCGGGUCCUACGGUUUCCUCCCACUGCUAAAGACCCCUACGCGCAAACGAAUUAUUGAAAUAAAAUUGAACCAAUUAGUCCCAAAAUGACCUAGUUUGUGUCGAGUGGACGUUAAACCACAUUUCUCUCUCUCUUAAACAUACAUUAUGCAAGAGCUAAAUCUGUCUAUUGCAGGUCUUUCUUUAAGCCUGAAAUGUUACCUAAAUUAUUAAUUAGACAUUAAUUAAUCAACUCUCGAUGGAUGUCAUCGCUAGCUUGCAAUAUUUACUGGAUUUGAAUAGAAUCUGCUGUUCAACGCUCAUUCAUGAUUAAAUCAAAAAAUGGAUAAUCGAGACUAUGUUUUUUUAUGUACCGUACCGACUUUAGUAAUGAUGAUUAAGGCUAGGCCGAAAAUUCAAUUGCUAAAUUCUCGGUUCAGGGUGGAUCAAUUUGACUGAAAUUUUCAGCAAAUUCCCUUUACAUUAUCUAGUCUAGUUUUUAACUAUUAUAGUGAGAACUGCCAGCUUUCUUUUAUCUAAUCUCCAAUAAUGUAUCCUUAAAAUAUUUUAGUUAAAGUUUUUUUUUUUAUGAAUAAAGCCCCAGUUCUGUUAAUGUAGAUAAAUAACAAGUUAUUUAUGUAUGUUAAACGUUUUCUAUUAAAAAAAAAAUAUGUUUGUUUUUAUACCAGUGUUAAUAGAGUAAUAAUGACAACAGGUUUUACUUUUGUUUGUAGAAAAGUAUUAUAUAAAAUCCAUUUAUGUUUAUCCAAUUUCUUAUUAAAAAUACAU